AACCUCUGAGGUCCCUUUAGCUUUUAUUUAAGCAGCUCCUCUUCCCCAAAACAAGAGGGCUGGAGCACAGAGGCCAGACAGUGCGACUUAGGAUACAGCACAGGUGGGGGCAGUCGCCUGAUCUGGAGCGAGAGGUACCCGCAUUCUGCAGGUGCAGGGACUGUGAUCCAGCACCCGCCGCCUCCCCGCUCCCGCUCCCAAGAGGGCGGGAACCGCGGUGUUGCAGGAUGCGGAGAUUAGCUCGGGAAACACAGCUCAAGUGUAUUUCACGUGGCAGACAUCAAUCCAGUUGGGCGCUCACACCUGGCCCGGGGGAGGGGAAACAGCAACCAUAGGAACCACGGGGCGGACAGGAGCCCCUAGUUUGGGACGCUAGAGGGCUGGUCCGGCUUGACUAGCUCCGACUGCUUUUCUGUGAUUGCUUCUUUACUCCGCCCAUCAUCCCAGUGCCGUAUCUCUAUUGGCUCUUCGGUCUGCCACUCGUUUCCGCCGCGAUGACUCCAUUGGCCCCUCAGGUUGAGGCCCCGCCCCACGAGCUGGGCACUGGCAGUGGGGCUCUGAGGAAACAGAGCCCGGCGUUUGAUCUGGGCUGGGGGUAGGCGGUGGUGGCUGAGGCGAAGGAGGAGGAAGGAGGCCAGCAGGAGGCAGCGACAGCGACUGGGCCGGGGUGAUGGUGCAAGUGCCAGGGGUCGGCGCGGAGCUGCCGGGCUGAGGGACGCCUGGUUCAGGGUCCGCAGCGCCGCCGCGUCGCUCCCGGGCGGGCGGGAAGAUGCUGAGCAGGUUGAUGAGCGGCAGCAGCAGGAGCUUGGAGCGCGAGUACAGCUGCACUGUGCGGCUGCUGGACGACAGCGAGUACACCUGCACCAUCCAGGGUUCUCUGUAUAAAACUUCUUGAUCAACAUUUUAAAUCAGUUCUUUGGGUGAAGUCUUCUAUAGAAGAGAGAUGCCAAAGGCCAGUACCUGUUCGACCUUCUUUGCCACCACCUGAACCUACUUGAGAAAGACUAUUUUGGGAUACGCUUUGUAGACCCAGAUAAGCAGCGGAGUUUCACUCUUGUUGCCCAUGCUGGAGUGCAAUGGCACCAUCUUGGCUCACUACAACCUCUGCCUCCCAGAUUCAAGCGAUUCUCCUGCCUCAGUCUCCCGAGUACUGGGAUUACAGCAUUGGCUGGAAUUUACAAAGUCUGUGGUGAAACAAUUGAGAUCCCAGCCUCCAUUCACCAUGUGCUUCCGUGUGAAAUUUUAUCCUGCAGACCCUGCUGCUCUGAAAGAAGAAAUAACCAGGUAUUUAGUCUUCCUACAGAUCAAAAGGGAUCUCUACCAUGGCCGCCUCCUCUGUAAAACAUCGGAUGCUGCCUUGUUAGCAGCUUACAUCCUUCAAGCGGAGAUUGGGGAUUAUGACUCAGGAAAACACCCUGAAGGCUACAGCUCCAAGUUCCAGUUUUUCCCUAAACAUUCAGAGAAGCUGGAAAGGAAAAUUGCUGAGAUUCACAAGACAGAACUCAGUGGUCAAACACCAGCAACAUCAGAGCUCAACUUCUUAAGAAAAGCACAGACAUUGGAAACAUAUGGAGUGGAUCCUCACCCAUGUAAGGACGUGUCAGGAAAUGCUGCAUUUCUGGCCUUCACUCCUUUUGGGUUUGUUGUUCUUCAAGGAAACAAGAGGGUCCACUUCAUUAAAUGUAUCCUGUUUGCCUCUUUUACUGCAGCCAUUCACUGGGCUGGUGGCUUCAAGGAUUUUUCUACAAUAACCCCUAAGCCCCUUUCCUGGAAUGAGGUGACCAAGUUGAAAUUUGAAGGAAAGACUUUCUAUUUAUACGUAAGUCAGAAAGAGGAAAAGAAAAUUAUUCUUACAUAUUUUGCUCCAACUCCCGAAGCAUGUAAGCAUCUCUGGAAAUGUGGAAUUGAGAACCAAGCUUUCUACAAGCUGGAGAAGUCAAGCCAAGUCCGCACAGUGUCCAGCAGCAACUUAUUCUUUAAAGGGAGCCGGUUCCGAUACAGUGGCCGAGUUGCAAAGGAAGUCAUGGAGUCAAGUGCUAAGAUCAAACGGGAGCCACCGGAAAUACACAGAGCAGGGAUGGUUCCCAGCCGGAGCUGUCCCUCCAUAACCCAUGGCCCAAGGCUGAGCAGCGUCCCCAGGACCCGCAGAAGAGCUGUUCACAUCUCCAUCAUGGAAGGCCUAGAAUCCCUACGGGACAGUGCUCAUUCCACACCAGUGCGUUCCUCUUCCCAUGGGGACACCUUCCUGCCUCAUGUGAGAAGCAGCCGGACAGAGAGCAAUGAGCGAGUAGCUGUGAUUGCAGACGAGGCCUACAGCCCUGCAGACAGUGUGCUGCCCACCCCUGUGGCUGAGCACAGCCUGGAGCUGAUGUUGCUGUCCCGGCAGAUCAAUGGAGCCACCUGCAGCAUCGAGGAGGAGAAGGAAUCUGAAGCCAGCACCCCUACUGCUACAGAGGUGGAGGCCCUUGGAGGAGAGUUGAGGGCCCUGUGUCAGGGACACAGUGGGCCCGAGGAAGAACAGGUGAAUAAGUUUGUUCUAAGUGUCCUCCGUUUGCUCCUUGUGACCAUGGGACUCCUCUUUGUUUUGCUCCUUCUCCUGAUCAUCCUUACCGAGUCUGACCUUGACAUUGCCUUUUUCCGAGAUAUCCGCCAGACUCCCGAGUUUGAACAAUUCCACUAUCAAUACUUUUGUCCCCUCAGGCGAUGGUUUGCCUGCAAAAUCCGCUCAGUGGUGAGCCUGCUCAUUGACACCUGAGAAGGCAUGACUCCUCCCAAAAACUAGCCAGGUGGACCAAGGAGCCUGGCUACCCACUCCCAGCAAUGGGACCCAUCGCGGCACCAUCGGCACAUAUACCAAGUCCUCCUCUCAUGACUCAAAGUCUACUGCAGCCUAGGAGGGUGUUUCCCAGAAGAAGAAAGGGAUAGGGUCAUGCCCUGUCUAAACAAACUGGGAAAACUCAUUUUCUUCAGAAGUUCUUUCAAGAAAGGCUCAGCGACUCUUGUUUCUCAUUUUUCCAAUUUGCAGGAUAAUUUUUGGUUUUGAAUUUUGAUUUUUCAUAGAGGUGUAUUAUUUUGAAGUAUCAAAUAAAAUAAUUUAUUUUACUAUUAUUGAUUACUGCAGGAGUGUCACCUAGCAGGGGGGACACUAGUUGAAGACUAGAGAGCUGUUGUCCUCCAUAUUCUGCAGGAGCUUUCCUGCUGCUGCCACUGGGUUCCAGCACUUGUCACUGCAGCCUCCGAGGGGCGGGCCAGGGAUCUGGACAAUGGGGACUGUUUAGUUUCUUUGCCAGACAGAAUUUUUAAAAAAGUAAACAUCCAUGUAGAAUGAUUAAAUGGAAGGUUGCUUCUUAUGAUGGUCUGAGUUGGAUUUUCUUUUCCUUUUGUUUUUUCAAAUCUGAGCGGAGUGGGCAUCUGAAGGGACCACCGCUACAGCAGCAGCAGCAGCAGGGGUGGGGUAAGUCUGUCCCCUUAGUCUAGAGCCUAGUGGGCAUUGCUCUAGCUUUGUAUAAUGAAACUAGACUUAACGUGAUUUUUCUUUUCUGAAGAACCUCUUUCUGAAGACUUUUACAGUGCUCCAGGGCAUCAAAUGAAUUCAGUAGUGCCAGAGAAUUCUGUCAGAAAUGUUGGAUAAAAUGUAGUUAAAGUAGAGCUAAGUUACCUGACUGUUGAGAUUUGGAGAGCAGUGCUUAUUUUAUAUAUCCCGCCCCCCGCCAAACACUAAUUCAAUUUAUAUUUUAACAACGAAAUGUUAUUUUCUUAACAAUUCAUAUUUUGUUUUUACUUUAUGGAUUAAGAAAAUAGAGCCUGAUGAACUAAAUGAUGCAAGAAAGAAACCGAUCCUGAGAAUGAAAAGCUUCAGAAAAUAGAAUUCCAAGAUCAACAGCCUUAGAAGGGACCAGGAGAAGCAACUUUAAAAAUAGGAUUUCUAAGAGAUGCCUACGAAACAGAAGGUGACUGUGGCAGAGACCAACACUUAGAUGUAGAAGUGCUGCCCCCUAGGGUCAUCCUCUGCAUAAUUUCUAGGAAAGCAUUGCCAUCCUUGCGGAGGAAAGCCCUGGACCGCAGAAGCACAGGCACAGGAAGGGUGAGUGUGGGGUCCUAGACCCGAGCUCUUCAACUCUAAAACCAAUCACACACAAGAUCCUGUUUUCAUCUCAGGGAGAGAAUUCUAAGUCAUCUGGGGCUUGCGGGCUUAUUUAAGGAUGGUCAAUGGACAUAUUCCUGGACCCACACAAAAGUAGAGCAGCUGCUAAUACCCUAUAAUGUUGGACAGCCCCAAAUACAGAACAGAAUGAGUCACUUGUCAUUUGACCUCCCCAUUUUGUCCCAAGACAGCAGAACCAUGUCCAUGUUUAGAAUACAACUGUGGAAUAAUCGGGGUUCUUAGGGAGAGAUUUGUAUAAUUUUAAAGAAAGACAUCCUUUCAUCUAGACCAGAGGUCAACAAACUUCUGUAAAGUGCUACACAGUAAAUAUUCUGGUUUUGCACACCAUACUGUCACAACUACCCAACUCUGCCAUCACAGCACAAAAACAGCCAUAGAUAAUAUAUAAAUGAAGGAACAUGGCUGUGUUCCAAUAAAACUGUAUGAAAACAGCUGAAUUUGUCCUAAAGGCCAUAAUAUGCCAAUCCUGAUCUAGACAAUGAAACUGAUCCUUACUAGUAUGUUAGCAGAAGAGGGUCAGUCAUGUCAGUCAGCUCUGUUUCCAUGACUGACAUUUGUCAAACAUCUGGGACUACUUCCCAGUGGAGGCAUCAGGCUUGUUUAAAGGGUGCUCGACCAACCAACCAGCAAAGAGAUGUCUGAUGCCAAAUAGGCAAGAUCAAAUACUGGAAUAUUAAAACAUGGGUGGAAUCUAAGAAAAGAAGAGGACCUCUCUGACCAUUUCCAUACCAGCAACAAUUUGGGCAGAAUUAUAAAAAUCUAUUUAUCACGUGACAAUACAAACCGAAGGAAAUCCUAGUAAAGAUUAGGGGUCAGUUAAAACCAACUAGCCACUGCUACUUGUCAUCUACAUAGCAAAGGCUUUAUUUAGCACAGGACUAACAUGAGAAGUAGACCCAGAAAUGAAAAGGCUGUCAGGAGACAGGGGGCUGGUGUUAAUCUGGAUAUCUACUGUCUUAUGCAACAUAGCAGAUGACCUUUUAGUGUAGUGCUCCUACCUCAGUUUGUAGAAUCUGGUGUUUCUAUGCAGUAAGUGAUAGCCUCAACUCUGACCUUUCAUAUUCACAUUAGAGACAGAUGCAGUAUUCCAUAUCCUAGUAUGUUCCUUGUGUCUAGCAUUCUAACAGUAGUCUAUGCCAUUUCUAACAGCUAAAUUUUGCUCUCUAAACAGGAACCUUUAGGGUUAUUUUUUUUCCAGGGCUCACCACAGAAAAUACGGAUAGAAAAGUUUCCUUCAGUUUGCUUUUCAAAUAGUGCUUGAAUAAUAAACUUCCUUUGUUGAUAACUAGUCUUUUUCGGUAUAUCUCCACCAUUAAAAACUGUUCAAGUUUUUAACCUGGUUAUACUGUGUUCUAACAUGUCUCUCAUUUUUUCUCAAAAUUAUUUUACCUCAUUUUAGAAAAAUCAAUGGUUUCCAUAUGGCUUCAUCUAUCAGAGGAAAUAAAACUUUAAAGAGUAGUGUACUGCAUCUUUAAGCAGUAGAAGGUAAACUACCUGCAAAUGUGAAUUUCUUAGUUUCAUUUAAAAAUAUAGUUGUUAACCUUCUGUGUGCCAAAAACUCUUAAGUUACACUUUCCUUCAAAGCAAUGUACCGUUUUCUACAUAUGCAGUAUGUAGUUAGCAUAAAAUCAUUGGUGCCAUGAAGAUUAUUAUUUUUAAACUUAAAUAAAUAUUUAAAUAUCA